AUGGAGAUGAAAUCAUACUUCAUUGGGACCAUUCUUCUUCUGAUCAUUGCUGCCCCUAGUGUUGCUCUUACGCCACCUGCUCUUUUUGUCUAUGGGGACUCUUUGGUUGAUGUGGGGAAUAACAACUACUUGCCAGAUCCUGCUCCUAAGGCUAAUUUUCCGUUUCACGGAAUUGAUUACCCUGGAAGCAUUUCAACAGGAAGGUUUGGCAAUGGUUAUAUAGGUCCAGACUAUUUGGCAAGAUACAUGGGAUUCCUGCAAAGCCCACCACCAUAUCUCUCUAUCACCAAUGAAAAUCAGAUGUUGAGAGGGGUUAACUUUGCUUCUGCUGGAUCAGGGAUCUUGAAUUCAACUGGAGAAGGAACAAUAUCAUUGGAAAGGCAAGUUAUGUAUUUUCAAGAGGUGGCAAGGAACUUAUCAAGAAGAGCUGGCAAUUUGACUGCUAACAAAUUACUAUCAAAAUCGAUCUUCUGCAUAAGCUCUGGAAGCAAUGAUAUAUUUGCUUAUUUUUUGGCUUAUGGUCCUCAAAACAAAACAACAAAUGAUCAAUUCAUUGCAACUCUUGUGAAAAACUUGGAAAUACAUUUGAAGACAUUAUACAACUCUGGCGGAAGAAAGAUUGUUGCACUUGGUACAUCAGUUCUUGGGUGCAUUCCAAUCGUAAGAAGUCAAACCCCGUCUGGUGAUUGUUCUAAGGACUUAAAUAAUCUUUCUAUUCAAUUUAAAAAUGAAACCAGGGUUCUUCUCCAAAGUCUCACAUCAACAUUGAAAGAGUUGACGUAUAGUUUCGUAGACGCAUAUGAAAUGGCCAAUGAAAUUGCAGCAAAUGCUCGUCAGUAUGGAUUCACAGAGUUAACAAAUGCAUGUUGUGGAAUGGGAAGGUAUAAUGGAGAAGCUCCAUGCACGCCUAACUCAAAUAUGUGUUCCAACCGUUGUAAUCACAAUAGUUGGGAUCAAUAUCACCCAACACAAGCUAUCGCUGAGUUGGUGAGCCAAUGGUCAUUCUAUGGUUCAAAAUAUGUCUCCCCAAUGAACAUCCAAUAG